AUGUUCCACGCUCCUAUUGUGCCUCGUGUGAGGAAAAGGUCAAGGCCAGCGGAAGCUGAUGUUCCCAGGCGUGAAGAGGUGAAGUUUGAGGAUGUCAGGCUGUACCUGGUGGAGAGGAAAAUGGGCCGCAGCAGGAGAAGCUUUCUGACCCAGCUGGCUAAGUCAAAGGGCUUUAUUGUGGAAGACGUCCUCAGUGAUGAGGUCACUCAUGUGGUGUCAGAGGACAGCCACGCUUCAUCCCUGUGGAAGUGGCUAAAGGAGUGCGCCCCGAAGAAUCUAAAAAACCUGAAUGUGUUGGACAUCAGCUGGUUCACUGACAGCAUGAGAGAGGGGAGACCUGUUGCUGUGGAGACAAGACACCUCAUUCAGGACAAUUUGCCCACAUUGCCAGAAGGUUCUACAUCCACUCCUGUGACCACCGUUUCUCAAUACGCCUGCCAGAGAAGGACAACAACAGAAAACCAUAACAAGAUAUUCACAGAUGCUUUUGAAGUGCUGGCGGAGAGCUAUGAAUUCAGCGAGAUGGAGGGUCCAUGCCUCGCGUUCAGGAGAGCGGCAUCUGUGCUGAAGAGUCUGCCCUGGGCGGUGCGUUGCCUGGGGGCAACUCAGGACCUGCCCUGCCUGGGGGAACACACCAAGGCAGUCAUGGAGGAGGUCCUUCAAUGUGGCCGCUCGUUUGAAGUCGAGAAAAUACUCUCUGAUGAAAGAUAUCAAACACUUAAGCUGUUCACGAGUGUGUUUGGGGUUGGACCUAAGACGGCUGAGAAGUGGUACCGCAGAGGGCUGCGCUCCUUCACUGAGAUUCUGGCAGACCGCAGCAUUCAUCUAAACCGGAUGCAACAAAAUGGUUUUCUGCAUUAUGGAGACAUCACCAGGGCUGUCAGUAAAGCAGAGGCCCGAUCCCUGAGGACCAUUAUUGACGAAGCUGUCCGUGCGAUCACACCGGCCGCCAUACUAGCACUGACAGGUGGCUUCCGCAGGGGCAAGGAGUUUGGUCAUGACGUAGACUUUAUCGUGACCACACCGGAGCUGGGGAAAGAAAAGAGUCUGCUACCCAACAUUAUUAACGGACUGAAAAAGCAAGGCAUUCUGCUGUUCUGUGAUUACCAGGCCUCCACCUUUGAUAUGGCAAAGCUUCCCAGCUACAGGUUUGAAGCCAUGGACCACUUUGCAAAGUGCUUCCUGAUCUUGCGGCUGGAGGCCAGCCAAGUGGAGGGAGGUCUCCACAGUGCCGAGGGGGACAGCAGGGGUUGGAGGGCAGUGCGUGUGGACUUGGUGUCGCCACCUGUGGAUCGUUACGCCUUUGCUCUCCUGGGCUGGACCGGCUCCAGGCAGUUUGAGAGAGACCUAAGGAGGUUCGCUCGAGUAAAGCAGCAGAUGAUUCUGGACAACCACUGCCUGUACGACAAAACCAAGAAAGAGUUCCUGGCAGCCACGACUGAAAAGGACAUCUUUGCCCAUCUGGGUCUUGAGUACAUCGAGCCUUGGCAGAGAAAUGCGUAGGCCUCAACUGUUUCCUGACUGGAUGGUACCCGUGUGCGCAUCACAGUUUAUCCCAUCUCCAUACCGUUCUGCGGCUCUCCUGUGAUUCACUUUCAAACAGCUUUUGAUUUCCAUGCCGUUUUGUUUUUGCUGUUACCGCUAUUGUGCUCCUUGUUGUCUAGACUGAUGUAUGAUUCAUAAUUCUGCUUAUUCACUAUUGUCUGUUAGCGAGU